AUGGAGAAUGCAUUAUCAGUAUGGAUAACGGACUGUCGGGAAAAGAAGGUUAGUCUCGAUACCAACAUGCUUCGCACAAAAGCCAAAACCCUUUAUGAUAGCCUCGUUCCUGAAGGGGGAUCGAACGAAGAUGACGAUGAUGGUGAUGACGACGAUGAAGAUGAUCUUGCCCCACGAGAAAAACGUGGUUUUAUUGCCAGCAAGGGCUGGUUCGAGAAAUUCAAGAGGAGGUUUGGCCUUCGCAGUGUUCCGUUGUAUGGGGAGGCCGCCUUGGCAGACCAAGAGGCAGCUCUUCGUUACGUCGAGGACGAGUUCCCGAAAUUAAUUAAAGAGGGCGGCUAUAUCCCGGAGCAGGUGUUUAAUAUGGAUGAAACUGGCCUCUUUUGGAAGAGAAUGCAAUCCCGGAUGUUCCUUUACAAGGACGAAGUGAAGAAGCCAGGGUUCAAGGCCCACAAAGAUAGAGUCACUCUGCUCAUGUGCGGGAAUGCUGCGGGCUUCAUGCUCAAGCCCGGCUUAAUUUACAAGUCACUGAAUCCUUGUGCUUUGAAAAACAAAAACAAAGCCUUGCUGCCCGUCUACUGGAUGAGUAAUAAGAAGGCAUGGAUAACUAAAGCCCUCACACUCGACUGGUUCGUGAACUGCUUUAUCCCGCAGGUGAAGUUAUACCUCGCGGAAAAUGGGCUGCCCUUUAAGGUCCUCCUCUUGAUGGACUGUGCAGGAGGACAUGCAAUGGACCUGCAUUACAAAGGGGUUCAAGUGGAGUUCCUGCCACCCAACACCACUUCCCUCAUCCAACCAAUGGAUCAGGGGGUCAUUCGGGCCUUCAAGGCCCUCUACACGAGGUCCACGAUGGAGGGCCUCAUCUCCUCCAUCGACGAAGGCGACGAUGACUUCAGCCUCAAGAAAUAUUGGCGGGAGUACAACAUUGCGACGUGCCUGGCCAACAUUCAGAAUGCUCUUAAGGAGAUGAAACAGCAAACACUGAAUGCAAGUUGGAGAAAAUUGUGGCCAGACGUCGUUCAUGACUAUGAGGGAUUUACGCCAGACGAAGUUCAUCACUUCGCCGUAGAUAAGGCUGUGAGGCUAGCACAGUUGAUAGCCAACGAAGGUUUCUCUGACAUGACGGCAGAAGAUGUCAACUCACUGAUCGAGUGCCACUCAGAGCCCCUAACCGACGAGGUCCUCGUCGAAAUGACAAGAUCGGUGAGUGAGGAAGAAGAAGAGGCAGCCGACGACGGCGACGACGACCAACCUGAGCAACGUGGCCUUACAUUGGAAAAUCUGCAAGAGCUCUGCAACAUGGCACGGGCUAUGCAACAAAGGGCGCAAGAAAUUGAUGACAUCAUGGUCAGAGCCAUCGAAUUCAGUAACCAUAUUGACGGUGAUAUGGCGUUGUACAAGGGCAUCUUUGCUCAGAUGAAAAAACAACGUCAACAACUUCCCAUCACGAUGUUCCUAGUGCGCCGAAAACCUCCUGCAGAAGUGUCGGAUACUACUCCUCCUGCUGCCUCUCCGGCUUCCUACCGAGACACUACGUUGCCUCCUGCUGUUUCUCCAGCUCUAUUGGAAGCUGCCGUCGGUGAUCCCCCGCCUCUAACAAUUGACGAUGAGGCGUCACCUGAGGAGCAGUAA